AGAGGGCGUGCACUACCUGGCCAGGAGACCUGAGCAGUGAGACUCUGCUGUCUACAUCAAAGCCCCAGGAUAUGCAGAACUUUCCUCUAGGGCCCGGCCCACUACCAUGAAGUCCUGCCUGUGGAGAUCUGGCCGCCUGGGCCAAGGUGUCCAGUGGUCUUUGCUCCUGGCUAUGUUGGUCUUCUUUCUCUUCACACUGUCCUCCUUUAUUAAGGAGCCUAACACAAAGCCUUCCAGGUAUCAGUAUAGAGAGAGCAUUACUGAAAUGUCUCCAGAGUCCCAGGUGCCCGUGACGGGAAGGAGGAAAACCAUUGAGGCAGAGUUGGUGCCAGAGAACAGCACCCUCAACACACAACCCCAGGCCACAGCCCACACUGCUGGAAAGAGCAGAACAGAGGCCAACCGGGCACCACCAGAGGAGCUGGGCAAGGGGCCCGGCACAGCAAAGACAACAUUACUGAAGAGUCCAGAAAAAGAGAAAACUGCAGUGGACACACUGUCACCCAGAGGCCAAGACACGGGGACGGCCUCUAACAGGACAGAGGCGCUGUCACUGAAGAGCCAGAACACAAAGACAACCAGAGGAAGCAGGGACCAGCUGAAGAAGCUGAUAAGCACAAAGACAGUGGCUGUGAAGUAUCAUGGCAAAGAAGCAACCGCAGCAAAGAUGCUCACUCCAGGAGGUCGGGACACAAGGCCAACCACCGCAGGAGCGGUGCCAAUGAGCCUGGGACAGAAAGGAAUGCCCACAGCAGUUGUCCCACCCGAGGGAAAGAAAGCGCAGGCCACCCCACACCCUGCCCCUUUCCAGGGUCCCACCACACAGAGAGACCAAAGACUGAAGCCCGCCAACUUCAAGUCUGAGCCUCGGUGGGAUUUUGAGGAAGAAUAUAGCUUGGACGUGGGGGGCCUCCAGACGACCUGCCCUGAUUCUGUGAAGGUCAAAGCCUCCAAGUCACCGUGGCUCCAGAAGCUCUUUCUGCCCAACCUCACUCUCUUCCUGGACUCUGGAAACUUCAACCAGAGUGAAUGGAACCGCCUGGAACACUUUUCACCACCCUUUGGCUUCAUGGAACUCAAUCACUCCUUGGUGCAGAACGUCGUGGCACGCUUCCCUCCAGUGUCUCAACAGCAGCUGCUCCUGGCCGACCUCCCUCCCGGGAGGUCCCGGUGCAUCACUUGUGCCGUGGUGGGCAACGGGGGCAUCCUGAACAACUCCCACGUGGGCCGGGAGAUAGACGGGCAUGACUACGUGUUCCGACUGAGCGGAGCUGUCAUUAAAGGCUAUGAACAGGAUGUGGGUACUCGGACUUCCUUCUACGGCUUUACUGCCUUCUCCCUGACUCAAUCACUUCUUAUAUUGGGCAAUCGGGGUUUCCAGAACGUGCCUCUGGGGAAGGACAUCCGCUACCUGCACUUCCUGGAAGGCACCCGGGACUAUGAGUGGCUGGAAGCACUACUUCUGAAUCAGACCUUGGUGGCAAAGAACCUUUUCUGGUUCAGAAAAAGGCCCCUAGAAGCUUUUAAGGAAGCACUGAAAUUGGACAGAUACCUGCUGCUGCACCCAGACUUUCUCCGAUACAUGAAGAACAGAUUUCUGAGGUCUAAGACCCUAGACACUGUCCACUGGAGAAUAUACCGCCCCACCACAGGGGCCCUCCUGCUGCUCACCGCCCUUCAUCUCUGUGACCAGGUGAGUGCUUAUGGCUUCAUCACUGAGGGCCAUGAGCGCUUUUCUGAUCACUACUAUGAUAAGUCAUGGAAACGACUGAUCUUUUACAUAAACCAUGACUUCAAGUUAGAGCGAGACGUCUGGAAGCAGUUACAUGAUGAAGGUAUAAUCCGGCUGUACCAGCGUUCAGAAACCGCCAAAGCCAAGAAUUGA